CCACCAUCAUCACCGCGACGACUUUUUAUUCUCUCUUUCUCUCUUAGAUUUUUUUCCUGAAAUGGUUUCUUAAUCUCUUAUCUUCAUCACCUGCUCUCUCUCUCUCUUUUUCUCUCCUCCUCUCGUUUUCGAUCUUUUAACAAUUUCUCUUAACACUGUUGCACUCUCAUCUCCGAGCUUGAUCGCCAUUUUCUUAUCUUCAAGGUUACGCUUCAUCCUUCCGAUCUCGUCCUCGACGUUAGCCAUUAUCUAUAUUUGAUUGGAGAAAGAAAAUGGAGAGAGUGAAUCUAGGAGGUUUAGGUUACGAGAAUGGUGGAGUGAUGAUGACUAGAGAUCCUAAACCGAGGCUGAGAUGGACCGCCGAUCUCCAUGAUCGUUUUGUCGACGCCGUCGCAAAGCUUGGUGGCGCAGACAAAGCAACUCCUAAGUCGGUUCUGAAGCUGAUGGGAUUAAAAGGCUUAACAUUGUACCAUCUCAAGAGCCAUUUACAGAAGUAUAGACUUGGUCAACAGCAAGCCAAAAAACAAAAUCGACUAGAGCAAAACAAGGAAAAUGCUGGAAGUUCAUAUGUGCAUUUUGAUAAUUGUUCUCAAGGAGGGAUCUCGAAUGAAUCAAGAUUUGAUAACCAUCAUAGACAAAGUGGGAAUGUACCUUUUGCUGACACGUUGAGACAUCAAGUCGAUGCACAACAGAGGUUUCAGGAACAGCUCGAGGUGCAGAAAAAGUUGCAGAUGAGAAUGGAAGCACAAGGAAAGUAUUUGUUGACUUUACUAGAGAAAGCACAGAAGAGCAUGCCCUGUGGUGGUAAUGGAGCAGAGACAGACAAGGGUCAAUUCUCAGACUUCAAUCUCGCACUUUCAGGACUUGUAGGAGAUGAUCACAAGAAUAAUAAGGCGGGUUUGGUUACCGAUAUCUUACACGUUAAUGGUGACUUGACCAAUGAUUUUCGGUUAUGUGGAGAAAGAGAUGCAGGAGAAACAGAAGAUGCAGGUAUUAAACCGGAAUCCGGGUUUGUGCACUUUGAUUUGAACUCUAAAGAUGGGUAUGAUCUCUUGAAUUCUGGGAAGUAUGGGAUUGAAAUGAAGCCAAACGUGAUUGCAGAUAGACAUCAAUAAGUCAAAGAGACACUUUCUUUAAUUCAUUUCCUUUUUCUUAAUAGAAUGUCACACAUAUUGGCUUCAGGUUUUCGUCACACUCAAAUAUCAAAACUCUUUAAAGUCUGGCCUCUGAAUCAGUGUUAAAAAGUCUGAUAAUUACCAAAUUAUUGUUCUUUUAGCCUAAGGAACGGUUAUUAUACAUUUUGGGUUUCCAAAUUCGAUACUCUCUCCCUAUGUAGUUGAGAGAAUGAUGGUUUGCUUGCUUCACACAGUUUAUUUACCUUUACUCAGAUAUUUGUCAUUAACUCACUUUGUAAUACCAUAAGAACACUAGAUGAUAACCUGCGCUAUGCAUGGGGUAAACUUUUAAAAUAAUGUUGUAUC